UAGGAGGUUCUGGGUGACUUUGGACGUCCGCAGAGCCUAGGUGCAGACUCAGUCCAGGGCUUGUCAAACAGGUUUGUUUUUCUCUCGUUUUAGACCCGAGGGCCUGCCGCAAACAUGCUUCGCCAGAUCAUCGGUCAGGCCAAGAAACACCCAAGCUUGAUCCCCCUCUUCAUAUUUAUUGGAACUGGAGGUACUGGGGCAGCACUGUAUGUCUUGCGUCUGGCAUUGUUCAAUCCAGAUGUUAGUUGGGACAGAAAGAAUAACCCAGAACCCUGGAACAAGCUGGGUCCCAAUGAUCAAUACAAGUUCUACUCAGUGAAUGUGGAUUAUAGCAAACUGAAGAAAGAAGGUCCAGACUUCUAAACCAAAUGUUUCACUAUAAAGCUGCUUAGAAUGAAGGUCUUCCAGAAGCCAUCCGCACAAUUUUUCACUUAACCAGGAAAUAUUUAUCCUCUAAAUGCAUGAAAUCAUGUUGAUGUAUUGUGUUGAGGGUUACACUGAUUAAUAAAUAUCUGAAACUUGG